GCGCCGGAAGGCCGCGGCGGGCUGGGGCGGAGCGCUGGGUGCCGCUCCGAGAGGGCUGGGGCCGCCCGUGCCGCCGCGCGUCCGCCAAGUGCUCCGCGUGUCCCCGCGGGCCGGGCUGGCGCAGCGCUGCCUCGGAAGGUGAACCGCUGCCCGCCGCGAGGAUGGACAGCGAGGUGCAGAGGGACGGUCGCAUCCUGGACUUGAUCGAUGACGCGUGGCGGGAGGACAAACUGCCGUACGAGGACGUGGCCAUCCCGCUGAAUGAGCUCCCUGAACCAGAGCAAGACAAUGGAGGUACAACGGAGUCUGUGAAAGAGCAAGAAAUGAAGUGGACAGACUUGUCUCUCCAGUAUCUCCAUGAAAACGUCCCUCCCACGGGAAGCUAGUGAACCUGGGAGAUUUCACGCAGAGGGUGCAUGAAAGCAACAUAAAAAUUAUUUUUCUUCUGACCACCUCUGUCAUACACUUCUCUAAGGAGGAAACAAAGUUUCUGAAAAGGGCUUGGAUUCAAACUACAGUGACCCAGCAGUCCAACAUGGUUCUUUAAUUUGCAGGAAAUCACAAAGGCCACCUGAAACCUCAGAGCUAAUAGCAGGAUGUUUCUCCCUACUUAUGUAAAAUUAUUUUAUAUCUUCUGUUAACUUAUUCUUUAGUUGUUGCCAAUUCUGAUCUUAAAUGUUUUUUUGCACGUGAUAAAAAAAGUAGUUUUCACUG